UCCCGCGGUUCGGUCGAUUCGGUUCCAGAUUUACGCGAAUCGUCGUGCGGUGCGGGCUCGUUGUUUGCACAGUGAACAUGUUGGUGGUGCGAUAGCAAGAGGUCGGUGUGAGCGAAACUGUGUCACGCCGUUCAAAACAAUUCGCACAUCGCAAUAAACACGGCCACACUGGGAACGUGAAACGGAAAAACAACGCAUCAUCUGUGGACCCGGAUUGCGGAUGGGAUCCGAUGGGGGCUGUUGAGGAAAUUACUCACCAAGUAGUGUAAUUUAUUGCUUUCCCCAGGGCGGUCUGCCUGUCUAUCGGUGUGUGGAUAAAAUACGCAAAUUACAUAAUUUCCUUCGGACCGUUCCGAACGGUGGUGACGGAUCACUGGCCGCACGUGGCACGAAGUGGAGCGAGAGUGGUGGGAAAAUUCGGCACACAGAAACCUCGCAACUGAGGCCCAGCGGUUUAGGAGUGGAAAAGUGUAACACUCGCUGAAGAUGCUGAACCCGGUGGAAGCGCUGGCCAGCGUGUCGGGUGCAUCGGCGCCCGCAAUCCGGCUCAUUCUGUCCGUCCUUUUGGCGUACCCGAUCGGACUGGUCUACCGGCAGCUGAAGGGUGGAGCGACAGUACGGAACCUCUUCCUCGCCUUCACCGGCUUAUCGAUCGUCGUGUUUAACUAUGGCACCGACGUGUGCCAUAGUUUGCUGGCCGUCGUUGUUACCUUCGUGUGUAAUUCGCUGCUCGGCACCAGCUCCCUGCUGGUGCCGGUGAGCUUCGCGUUCCACAUGGGCUAUCUGCUUACCGGGUACUACUUUACCACGAGCGACACGUACGACAUCAAAUGGACGAUGCCGCACUGCGUGCUCGUCCUGCGGCUGAUUGGCCUUGCGUUCGAUCUCUCCGAUAGCCGCCAGAAGGAGAGACAGGGCAAAGCCGAUGCCAAGUGCAUCACGGCCCCGACCCCGCUGGAGUUGAUUGCAUUUAGCUACUUCCCGGCCUCGGUGCUGGUUGGGCCCCAGUUUAGCUUUCUGCGCUACCGCCGCUUCAUUUCCGGUGCGUACGAGCCGCACACGCAAGGGGCACCGGCGUACGCGAUCAAAAAGUUUCUGCAGGGCGUGUUCUAUCUGGUGGUGAACCAGGCCGGCACCCAGUACGUGUCCGAUGCGUACCUGAUGUCGGGCGAGUUCGAGCAGGAGUCGCUGCUCAUGAAACACAUCUACAUGGGCUGCUGGGGAAGGAUUACGCUCUACAAAUAUAUUUCCAUCUGGCUGUUGGCUGAGGGGGCCGCCGUUUUGUACGGUUUGACGUAUAUUGAUGCAAAGCCCGGCGAGCGAGAAUACUGCUCGGACGAGCUUUCCGGUUGUACCAACAUCAAAGUGGGCGUAUUCGAGAACACCAGCAAAUACGGCCACUACGUGGAAUCGUUCAACGUGCAGACGAACACGUGGGUCGCCAACUAUGUCUACAAGCGGCUGCGUUUCCUUAACAACCGCAUGCUGAGUCACCUGGGCGCGCUGCUAUUCCUGGCCGUGUGGCACGGGUUCCACAGUGGAUACUACAUUACAUUCCUGAUGGAGUUCACCGUGAUCCGGAUGGAGAAGGAGGUGGAACCGAUUCUGGCGAAGAGCGAAAAGCUUCAGCAGCUGUACCGGGAGCAACCCCUUCUACGGGCCCUUGUCUUCGUAGUGCUCAAGUUCUACACGAUCGUGUGGGCCGGCUGGUGUCUGGUGCCGUUCGUGUUUCUCAGCUUCCACAAGUGGUGGCACAUCUACACGGCGGUCCGUUACAGUGGCUUCAUUCUGUUUCUCGGUGGCAACGCACUGCUCCCUCCACUGUUGCGUGCCGUUCUACCCCGGAAUGUCUCCUCGACCACUAAAGAACCUUCCGCCGCUAAGGAUCAACCACCGCAAGGUGCAGUGAAAAAGGACAUCUAACCUGAGGGUGGGUCCAACCUCAAAGAUAUUUUAUAUUUUCUCGAUUGAUUUCUAAAACACCGUCUACCGAGAGCGGUGCUAUCGAUAUCGUUGGCGGAGGUUGAAAACAGAUCUUGUCUUGAGAUUCGGCAAAGGAAGAAACCCGAUUUCGGGGUGAUAGGGGGUCGUCGACCUCUGAUCUCCUCCUUUUCGCAGGAUUCUUUCAGAAAGUCAGGCACGCGAACGGUGCGUGGAAAAAGUGUGCGCCCUCCCUAACCAUAUGCUCAAUUAUCUUAACGAAGCAAAAGGCAAAGACAACAGGGAUAAUGAAAUUUAUAUAUUCUCGAGUUCUUUCACACCUCUGGCGCGGGUAGAGCGUAACGAACACGUGGCAAACAAGUUUGCUGCAAAACCGCUUACGCUGCGGACUGUGCGUCGUAAGAGUUGCUGUGUUGCUGUGACCAUGAGCCGUUCCUAAUUCUUUCUUCCGGCAUGAUGCUUGCCCGUGUGUUUGUGCUUGCGCUUUCUUCCCGUUUCCUCUUCUACUCUUCCAAGUUGAAAAAAAUAUACCAAAAAGUAAAAGGCAACGGAUGGAAACCCAAACUACACCGAACCGGAUCGCCGGAAACGGUUUCGGACUUCCGGUUUGAGGUUUCGCGAGUGAUCUACUGAGAGUGCGAGUCCGAUGCGAGCGUCUGUCGCAUUCUGCAUAACACGUAGACAAAGAAAGGUUUGACUCUAGACUAAAGGAACCUAGAAUAAAGCAGUACAACCACUAGUCAUAUUACUCUUGGCGAGACAGAAAAUACAACGGAUUCGGAC